ACAUAUUUUCCCACUUGUUUCCUUUCAGGCUUUCACUGCCUUCCUUCCGCCUUCCUAGUUCCUUCUCCACUCGGAAGGUUCAAACCUAAAAGCUGUUCCCACUGACAAUUUUUCCCACUUGUUUCCUUUCAGGCUUUCACUGCCUUCCUUCCGCCUUCCUAGUUCCUUCUCCACUCAGAAGGUUCAAACCUAAAAAGCUGUUCCCACUGACAUAUUUUCCCACUUGUUUCCUUUCACUGCCUUCCUUUUGCCUUCGUAGUUCCUUCUCCACUCAUAAGGUACAAAUCUAAAAAGCUGCUCCCAUUGACUUAUUUUCCCACUUGUUUCCUUUCACUGCUUUCCUUCUCCACUUGUUUUCUUUUACUGCCCUCUUCUCUCCAUUCCCAUAUUGUCUUAUGCAAUUGAUGAGCUUCGCGUUCAAAUGGCUUCACGAAUGAUUGCAUCAUUUUGGUAAAAUCUGCAUUCUCUAUUCUCAAACCUUCAAGAAAGAAGAAGUCCAAUUUCUAGACGAACUGGUAUAAUUUUUCAAUCCUUGUAUAUUUUUCUUCACAUUCGUUUCUUCUUGUCCAAAAACUUGAUUUUAAUAUAUGCUUUGCUAACUCCAUCACUAGUACCUUUUUUUUUUCUUUUUUAAUUUUCGCUAAUUAAUUAAUAAACUUUAGUGUAUACUAUUAUAUGUCUUUUCUUUGAAGGUUUAAUACCCAAUUUGGUCCUUAAACUUUCAUUUUAGAACUUAGUUCGUCCUUUAACAAAUGAAAGCACCCAAGUUGUCCUUUAACUUCAUUUUUCUGGAACCCAAAUGGUCCUUCCGUUGAAAGAUUGCUAACUUGGCACGUUAAGUAUCCAACAAUUACAACUUUUAAUUUUUAGAUGCCUAUGUGGAAAAAACACCUCAGCCCAAUUGAUUACAUGGCAUCAUUUUCAUUCCAUUUCACACUCCCGCCUCUCCCGCCUCUUCCACCUUCUGAAUAAACUAUGACUACGUUAUGGACUUGGUAGGACCAAUAAUUGACAUUGUGAAGUUUGUUGGCAGUCCAAUUGUGACGUACCUAAAAUAUCAAAUAAAAUUCAACAAUCAUUUGGAACAAUUCAAUGAAAGCAAAGAAGGAUUGAGCAAUCGAAAAUGUGAAAUUGAAUCAAGAUUGAACAUAGAGCUUCACUAUGGGAAAGUUGCAAAGGAGGAAGUGCAAACAUGGUUGAAUGAUGUGGAAAAGUUUCUUGCAAGACAGGAGGUUGCAAAUGAAGUGAAUAGUUGGGGAUGUCUCUCAUGCUGUUGUCGAGUAAAGAUUCUAGAGGAAAGGGCUCAGGAAGCAAAGGAAAUAUAUGACAAAGGGGGUAGUUUCACUAACGAGUGUUUGGUCAAAGAUGAUCCAUCCGUUUCAGCAGUGGAAUUGCCAACACCAGAAUUACAAGGCAGGGAAGAAGUCAAGGCAGAAAUUUUGGCAUGCUUGAUAGGAGAUGAGGUGACAAAGCUUGGAGUUUGGGGAAUGGGGGGAGUUGGAAAAACAACAAUCAUGAAGCAUGUCCACAAUGAGUUGUUGAAACAAAGAAAAUUCAAGAAAGUAAUUUGGGCAAAUGUGUCACAAACCCUUGAUAUCUACAAUUUGCAACAACAAAUUGCAGGCAUCUUGGAGGAAAAAAAAAUACUUGAGCAACAAAACACAAGUAUACGUGCCGGAAUGUUAUUAAAGGUGCUAGAAAGACACAAGCCUUGUGUUCUAAUUCUAGAUGAUGUGUGGAGUAUAUUUGAACUUGAAGAUGUUGGAAUUCCUAAGCCACUCGUAGGUGAUGGUUGCAAGUUGGUAUUGACUACACGGUCACAAGAGGUUGCUCAGACAAUGGACUAUAAGAUAAUUAAAGUGAAGACACUUUCGCAAGGGGAAGCUUUAAAAUUGUUUAUGCAUAAAGUUGGAAAUAUUGUUUUAUCUGAUCAAAGGUGCAUUAAAAGAACUUUAGAAGCAACUUUAAAGGGGAUUGUAGAUGAAUGUGAUGGCCUUCCCUUGGCAAUUGUUACAGUUGCUAGUAGCUUGAAGGCAAAAUCUGAUCCACAGUCAUGGAGGGUUGCAUUGAAUCAAAUGAAAGAUUGCAAAAGAAAUGUAGCAGGUACAAAUGUUGCUAAUCCAUUCGGGGACCACAAUAUCCCAAUAAAUUCCAUAAUUGAUUAUUGGAUUGAUGAGGAGCUAAUAGAUGAAAUGGAGACUCUACAAGCAAUGAAGGAUGAAGGCCAUGAUAUAUUGAGGACACUUGUAGAUAAUUGUUUGUUGGAAUCCAUUAAAGAUAGAUUUGAAGGCAAUUGUGUGAGGAUGCAUGAUCUUGUUAGGGAUAUGGCAUUGCAAAUUACAAGAACGAGUCCUCGGUUCAUGGUAGAAGCUGGCAAGGCAUUAAAGAAGCUAACUGAGAAGGGAAAAUGGAUGGAAGAUCUUGAAAAGGUUUCAUUAAUGAGGAAUAAGAUAGAAGAAAUUCCUUCAAGCAUCCUAUCUUCAAAAUGCACAAUGCUCACAACUUUGUUGUUGUCCCACAAUAAUUUGUCAACAAUUUCAGAAUCUGUCUUUGAGCAUAUGCCUGCGCUCAAAAUUCUUGAUCUUUCCCACAAUUAUCGGCUGAGGAGCUUGCCAAGUUCCAUUUCCAAAUUGGUGAAUCUCACUACACUCUUGUUGCAAGGGUGUCAAUUCUUAACAGAGGUUCCAUCUUUUUCAGAGUUUGGAGCUUUAAAAAAGUUAGACCUUGAUGAGACAGAAAUCAAAGAAGUCCCUAAAGGCCUAGAAAUGUGUACAAAUCUCAAAUAUCUUAGUCUUAGAGGAUCUACUUUCGGAGAAUAUUGUAGCAGAUUAGAUGAUGCAAUAUUAUUAAAUCUCUCAAAACUACAACAAUUAUUUGUGGAUGAUAGAAUAGCGUUAAGAGUGGAAGUGAUAGAGAGAUUGGAGAAGCUGGAAGCUUUUCAUGGCAAGUUCCCUACAGUGCAUGACUGGAGCAUCUUUUUGAAAUGUGUUUAUGGUCAAGGAGAUCAGCUGAGUAGAUACUCUGUUGCAGUUGGAAAAUAUUCUCACCGCGGUGGCCCGGAAUUUCUUGGAGGUUAUCGCAUGGUGAAAUUCGGUGGAAUAGAUAUUGUUGGAGAGAAUAUAAUAUUGCCACCCUCAGUAGAUGGAUUAUACAUUGAAGGUUGUGACAACCUAAGAAGCUUAAAUGAUUUUUCUUCCAUUAAAGAUGCAACAGAUUUGAGGAGCUGCGAGAUUGUAGUUUGUGAAGGCAUGGAGUGUGUUUUUACCUCGUGGAUAAACCCACUCGUCCAAACCCUCGAGCGAUUGAUUCUUGAUGAAUUGGUCAAGUUGGAAGGCCUAUUUGACGCAGAAAUGAUUGCCAUGUCCCCACCACCGCCACCUGGCACCUUUUCAUCUCUUAAAUCUAUAUCGCUUUGGGGUUGUGGUAAAAUAAAAAAGUUCAUCCCGUCUUGGAAGUUUUUAGGGUAUCUCCAAAGUCUUGAGUGGAUUGAUGUCCAGAAUUGUAGAGAAUUGGAAGAAAUAAUAGCAUCAGAUCCAGAAGAAGGAGGGGACAUCAUCAAGAAGCUCAUUCUUCCAAAAUUAAAAGUUCUGUGGUUGCUACACUUGCCCGCAUUGAAGAGCGUCUGUAGCAGGAGUGCAGUAAUGGUAUGUGAUUCUCUUGAAAGUAUUUGGAUUAACCAUUGCAAGUGCCUAAGGAGGAUCCCUCUUUCUCUUCCCCUGGUUGAUAACGCCCAACCAUCUCCUCCUCCUUCCCUCAAAAAAAUCUCAAUAAAUCCAGAGGAAUGGUGGGAAUCGUUGGAGUGGGACCAUCCCAAUGCAAAGGAGGUCCUUCGACCCACGGUUGAAUUUCCUCCGACCCACGGUUGAAUUUCCUCGUUGAUACGCGAUUUCCUCAAGACUCAUUCGACAAGCAGGAAGCAGACCCAGUCUGUCUUGUUCGGGGGACUUCAAAGGAUGUGCUUUCUACUUUCUAGUUUCUAUCCUUGUGUGGAUUUAAGUGUGAUUGUUGUGCUUUCAAUUUCAUAUUGUGUUUGUGUGUGAGAAUAAUUGUGUUGAAAACAGGCUUCAAAGAAUGUGCUUUCUACUCAAUGUAAAUGUACUUAUAAAAUUUGUUGUCAAUC